CUCUGCUCUCCAGGGAUGACGCAUUCUUUCCAGUUCUUGAGUGGAUAAGGAGGGAGAAGAAGUGAAUCCCCGGGAACGCCAAGAAAAGAAAGAGCCGCAGAGAAAAAAUGGCUUCAAUCCCAUGUACUAGUAUCGCCCACCUCCACCGAUUCUCUUCCAAACAUCCCAAUCCUCGGCCCUCUGCUCCAAAGCUUGCUUCUUCCUUUCUGGGUUUGCAAAACCGGGGCAGCUGGGUCCGACCCUGCAGUAUCGGACCCUCCAAUGGCUCCAGAGUGAAGUGCUGGUUUAAGUUCGGCAAGAAUGGCGUUGAUGCUGAAGGAGCUGGGAUCUAUGGCAGCCAGGCCCGUGACGACUUUGACAGAGACGAUGUCGAGCAGUACUUCAACUACAUGGGAAUGCUUGCUGUUGAAGGUACCUAUGACAAGAUGGAAGCACUGUUGAGCCAAAACAUCCAUCCAGUGGACAUAUUGUUGAUGCUAGCUGCAUCUGAGGGCGAUAAGCCGAAACUGGAAGAGCUAUUAAGAGCAGGAGCAAGUUACAAUGUGAAGGAUGUAGAUGGAAGGACAGCCCUUGAUAGAGCUAGUGAGGAGGUCAAGGAAUUCAUCCUGGGAUUCUCAACCCAAAAGGCCUGAGCUUUUUCUACUGAUUAGUGUAGUUCAUAGCUAUUCCCUCCUUUGUGUUUAAAAUCGAUUUGAUUGUAGUAUUUCAUGGGAGACUUCAUUGUCCUCAUUCCGGAGCUUGUAAAAUUUGGUCUUGCCAGAGAUAAUUUUGUCCAAACAUCUCCCAGUUCUUGUACAAGCAGAAGUAUGUAUCGAAAAGGAUGCGAGAUUAAACGUGGUUCAGCCAUUGUGGCCUAACCGAAAAGAUGCAGAAGAAGCAUAUGCCCCGUGACCAA